AUUGAAUCCUUUCAAUUUGUCAGAAAAACAAAACAAACAUAUCUCAGAGUCCCAAACUCCUGAAACUGCCUUACUUGCCCUACUAGCUAAUAUGGCUCGAUCAAAUCCUUUAGCUCUACUACUAUUGAUGCUUAUAGCGGGUUCUUCUUUUAUGGUUGCUAUGGCUGCAAAUUUUUACCAAGAUGUUGAUAUUACGUGGGGAGAUGGGCGUGGUAAAAUACUUAAUAAUGGUAAUCUCAUUACACUUUCUCUUGAUAAAUACUCUGGCUCUGGCUUCCAAUCCAAGAAUGAGUAUCUCUUUGGCAAAUUUGAUAUGCAACUCAAGCUUGUCCCUGGCAAUUCUGCUGGCACUGUUACCACUUUCUAUUUCCACUCUCAAGGAUCAUCUUGGGAUGAAAUAGACUUUGAGUUCUUGGGAAACCUUAGUGGCGACCCUUAUCUAGUCCACACUAAUGUUUACACUCAAGGAAAAGGAAAUAGAGAAGAACAAUUUUACCUUUGGUUUGAUCCAACGGCUGAUUUCCAUACAUAUUCUGUGCUUUGGAAUCCUGGGCAUAUUGUAUUCUACGUUGAUGGUAGACCAAUUAGAGAAUUUAAGAACAUGGAAUCAAUGGGAGUGGGUUACCCAAAAACCCAACCAAUGAGGAUGUAUGCAAGCUUAUGGAAUGCAGAUGAUUGGGCAACAAGAGGAGGAUUAGUGAAGACAGAUUGGACACAAGCACCUUUCACUGCUUCCUUUAGAAACUUCAAUGCCAAUGCUUGUGUUUGGUCUAAUGGAGCUUCUUCUUGCUCUAAUAAUAACAAAUGGUUUUCACAAGAACUUGAUUCUGCAAGUCAACAGCAGCUUAAAUGGGUGAGAAAGAAUUAUAUGGUCUACAGCUACUGUUCAGAUACUAAGAGGUUCUCUCAGGGCCUUCCUCUAGAAUGUACUAUCACUAACAAGAAUUAAGAGAGAGAGAGUUUUGCUUCUUUUUUUUUUUUUUUUUUUUUUUCUAAGCUUUCCAGAUU